UUCACCAAAUAAAGCUAAAGUGCAGCAGAAUUACAGAACCCCUCUCUCUCUCUCUCUCUACUUUCUCUCUCUUAUCUGUGUCUGUAUUUUGUGUUAUUCUUGGAUAUAUGGCUUCUUAGCUUUCCCUUUUUCCUCUGUAAACCAUCACUGUAACUUCCAUCUCCAAUAAGCUUCCCUUUUUCUUCUUCAAAAUCAAACCCCACACACACACACACACACUCUUUUCUCUUUCCUUUUUCACCCCUCUUUUUCUCUUAUUAUCCCUUUAAAUUCUUACAUAUUCCCCCCUGUAGAAUCACAAGUCAUUCUCCUAGAUUCUUCGCCGUUGGAUCUUUCUUCAACAUCCAUCCAUGGAUGAAUUUAAUAUGAGGAGGAGCCAUGUACCUGCAUUCGGGAGCUGGGAUUGCUACGAUGACCUGCCGUUCACGCAGUGCUUUGAAUCGGCAAGGCAAGCUGGGCUUCUCCGGUACAGCUACUCCGGCGACCGUGAUUUGUACGUCGCCGGCGAUUUGUACCAGAACGACGUCGUUACCCCUGCUAUGAUUGUUGUACCCCGCCACAGAGGAUCAAAAACAAGAAAUUCAAAGGAGAAAGAAGGAAAAAAAGAAGGAUGGAUGGUGUACGAUUACGAGCUGAAAGCACCACAAAGCCGCCCCGUCUCAGCCUCGCCAGCUCGACCGCCGCCACCUAAAGCUGUUGAUGAAGAUUUAUACAAGAUCUCUCCUUCCUACAUCAAAAGGAAGAGAGGAUGGAGUUUCUUUUCGAGCUGCUUGCGCCCUGCUCGCGUCUAUUGAACCAUGGUUAAAAAGCUCACGGUGGAAUAUUGGUACAUAAUCGAGACGCGGAAAUAUUAUUAAAUAGCUAAUAGCAUAGUGUGAUUUUAUUUGUGCUACUAAGCAAUAUAUGCAAAGACCCCUCUGUUUAUGAAGCAAAAGACCCCAAAGAAUAUGUUUGGCUCAAGAGGAUAAUUAAUCUCAUCAUUAAUUAAUUAUGAUAUGAUAAUGAUUUGAGUGAAUCUUCAUGCUAACUACUCUUUUGCUUCUU